AUGUACAUCACCCUUUACUACUUAGUCACCCGCCUCCCUGACUCCCUUUCUUCAGUCAGGGACCACUUUCUCUCCCUUUGCCCCACUGAGCUGACUCUCGACCUGCUAGAGGAGCGCCUUGCUGCAGCUGAGAAGAGUAUCUUAGCUGUUGGUGCUUCUCGCGGCGACCGUCGCACCCCAUUCUUUGAGGGGUGUUCCCCUGUCCCCCUUCUCCCCUCUGUUGCUUCUGCUGCUGCUGUCGACCUCGUUGGCACUGAGGAGGUCGGAGCUGCGUCUGCCCCUAGUGGGAGGCGCCGCAACAGCAAGGGCAAGGGGAGCAAGGGUGGUGGAGGGGGCGGCGGGGGCGGCGGUGGAGGCGGUGGAGGAGGCGGAGGGGGUGGCGGUGGAGGUGGGGGUGGUACCGGGAGUGGGGGCUUCAGUGGCGGCGGUGGAGGUGGUGGAGGCAGCGGCAGCGGUGGUGGAGGCAGCGGCAGCGGCGGUGGAGGCAGCGGCAGCGGUGGUGGAGGUUGCGGCGGCGGUGGUGCUGGUCGAGGUGCAGCCGCGCAGCGUGGAGGCUUUGGUGGUAGCCAGCGCCAGCAGCAGCCGCGCUCCCGUGAGACCCCGUCGGCCCAGCAGCUUCGUGAGUGGUACGCUGGGCGUGGGAGGUCUGGGGGUGCUGGUCCCUGCACUUACGUUCUUUGCACCGGCAGUCGUCGUGGGGAGGCGUGUGGGCUGCCACACACUACGCAGCGCUGCUUCGGUCGCUUGACUGACGCCUGGCGUGCCCAGUUUCCUGACGCUGUUGAGCUCCCUCGCUGGCAUGAUCUGCUUAUGCAGAAUGUGCCUAUCUUUGAUCUUGAUUUCGAUGCUAUCCUUGCUGCCAUGUAUGCUUUGACUGAUAGUGCUGAGGGUGACUGUUACCUGAGUGUCCCGCCCGACCCGGGCAUUGCGGCUGCUGCUCUAGGUGCUUGUGCGUCUGCUGCUCAAGGUGCUGGUGAGUCUGCUGCUCCAGGUGCUGGUGAGUCUGCUCUCUCUGUCCUUGCGCACUCUUCCACGGUUCUACCGUGUCCUGCGGCCCCGUCGGGCUUGCUAUCGGGACUCCACCUCCCCUCGUUCUCUACGAACUUGGUGAGUGGAGCUGACCUCCAGGACGCGUGGGUUGACCAGUUCGCCCCUGGAGGUCAGCGUGUGACCCACUGCACUUGCUCUCGGACGGGCCGCCACCUGGCCACGUUCACCCGUCGUCCUGGGUCGAGUCUCUACACACUGACUACUGCGCCUCCUCCGGUCUCUGCGUCUGGUCAGGUAGCCGCGUCUAGUCAGGUGUUUGCUGCCGCGUCCAAGUCUAGUCCUGAGUCUGCCCACUGCUCGUGUCGUCCUCUGACGCACGAGACUCUCCUUUGGCACCACCGCCUUGGUCACCCCUCCCUGCCUCGUCUUCGAGGUAUGGCCUCCCGUACCCUUGUCUCGGGUCUCCCCCGGUGCCAUCCUCCUCUUCCUCCGGGGCCUGCCCCCACAUGUGUUCCUUGUGUCGAGGGCCGGCAGCGCGCCGCUCCUCACUCCUCCUCGUUCCCUCCGACAGAGGCUCCCCUGCAGACUCUUCACAUGGACGUGUGGGGCCCAGCCCGCGUCCGUGGACAGGGUCACGAGUGUUACUUCCUGCUGGUCGUUGACGACUACUCGCGUUACACCACAGUCUUCCCCUUGCGCAGCAAGGGUGACGUCACGGAGGUGUUGAUCGUCUGGAUCCGCGGUGCCCGUCGCCAGCUCAGUGAGAGUUUUGGCUCGGACCUUCCUGUUCUGCGUCUGCACUCAGAUAGGGGUGGUGAGUUUUCCUCCGACUUCCUGAGGGCCUUCUGUCGUGCGGAGGGCAUCCGCCAGACGUUCACGCUUCCGGCCUCCCCACAACAAAAUGGGAUUGCUGAGCGCCGCAUUGGCAUUGUCAUGGAAGUCACUCGUACGUCCAUGAUCCAUGCGGCUGCUCCCCAUUUUCUGUGGUCGUUCGCGGUUCAGUAUGCUGCGCAUCAGAUCAACCUUCAGCCUCGUGUCUCCUUGCCGGAGACCACACCUACUCUGAGGUGGACGGGGAAGGUUGGCGAUGCGUCCGCGUUCCGUGUCUGGGGAUCUCGAGCUUUUGUCCGCGAUACUUCAGCGGACAAGCUGUCCUCCCGUGCCGUUCCUUGCGUCUUCCUUGGCUUCCCCCCUGACGCACCUGGGUGGCUGUUCUACCACCCCACCUCGCGUCGUGUUCUGUCCUCUCAGGACGUCACGUUUGACGAGUCGGUGUCUUACUACCGUCUCUUUCCCUACCGCGCUGCCUCUCUCCCCCCCUUGCCACUCUUCCUCACACUAGGUACUCCUCCGGUAGACCCCCUCCCCCCUCAGGGUCCUACCCCCUCAGGUGUGUCUCAGGUAGACCCUGCCGAGCCGGUCGAGGUAGCUGUCGACUCAGGUGCUGCUAGGGGUACUGUGCCUGCGGGUGCGGGGACUGGGGGUGCGGAGCCUGGGGGUGCUGAGCCUGAGCGUGUGGAGUCUGGAGGUGCUGAGCCUGCGGGUGCGGAGCCUGGGGCCCCUCUCUCUGCAGCAGCUUCGUGA